AUGAACGACAGCGCCAACGAGGCAGCACCACGACCUCCCCGAUUCAGGAACUCCACAAUACACGAGAUACCCUCACCGGGAAUCCAGUCCCAGAGACCCCCGCGUUAUGUCAUCACUCUGGUGGUGGCAUGCAUGAUCGGGUUAGGAAUCGCUAUUGAAGUCGCCCUCCAUAUAUCUCGCACCCAGAAUGGAUUUUAUGUUCCCGAGAAGAACGUCUUCAGUUUCGCCUCCACGCAAUUCUUGACGUCAUUCUUCCCGACAUUGCUAGUCGUUCCCCUCGCAUUUUUUUGGUCCAUCGCCGACUGGAUGCUCCGCUGGUAUCAGCCGUAUAUAACUCUUGCCGAGGGCAGUGCACCUGCUUCGCCCGUGCUUUUUUACUCGUUCAAAUACAAACACUAUCUCGUUUACAUCUCGACAGUUACAGCACUCAUCGUUACUCUGCUGCAACCCCUUGCAGGUUCGCUCUUGGAGGUCCAACAGGUGCCCCACUCCGUGGUGUCUACGGCAAUUAGCACGAGAGCAGUAGCACUCUCCCCUGAUGUCACCCAGCUGGAUGCAUACUUAGCGUCUGCAGGAGUCACUAAACUUAACCUCUUCGGGCAGACAACUACUCCGCUCAAGUCGCCUUCCCCAACGCGUGCUUUGCUAACUUCUCCUUCGGAACUGCUGGACGGGAGCCAGCAGUAUAGUGUCAUCAAUGCUAGCAGCUUUGUCUUUUGGUAUUACUUGCAAGAUACGUCUGCUACCAACGACCCACAAGUUUCGGCCAUCUUUUGUCAGCCCUCAAUGAGAGUCUUCACUAUGUCGACAUCUAUGAACCUGGGUAAUGGCACGUUGGGUGACUGUACGAUACUGCAGAACUUCACGGAACCAAACAAUGUCACGGGAGACCCGCUGAAUAGCCAAAUCUUCAACGGGGUUGUGUUUGACGAACCCAGUAAUAUCUACGUCGCGGCAAGAGCCAUCGCUAUCAACUCCGGCUUGCCAGGAACCGUAUACAAAUAUGCGCCACAGCAGCCCAACGGUAUCCAAUCGGUGUUCGAUGACCCUUACGGGUGGCUUAACGCAACGUCGAAGAUCUACACGCAACACCUUGCGGUGGCCGCGCAAGCUAAUUACUUUGGCCAGACCAACACAACGAUUCCAGCACUGUUAAUAACGGACGCCCCGAGGUUGUUUGUAGAGUGCGUCCCGUCUUCUGCCUUAGCUACGUUCACCUCGCUCAUGUUCUUGAUUGGUAUAGCUGGACUGAUCGUCCACUUGCUACAUGCAAGGUCGCGCCGUAAACUCUGGCUAACGAGUCCCCCGGGCUCGAUCGCAUCCAUCCUGCUGCUGCCUUACGACGAUGAAUCCCGGAAUGCGUUUCACCUGGACCAGCGUACGGGUGCUAUCGUCGCUGAGGAGGGCCGCGGAUUUGACGCCAGCGGCUGGACUGUACUCCCCGAUCUUGGGAUUCCGUUGGACGAGAGUAAUCCUGACGAUAGGCUGAUUCAGGCCCUCUCUGAGACGAACACGAGCGGGAAUGACGCUGCAUCUUGA